CACUAUAUACUGCAUGUAUAAUACGUAGUAAUGUGUAUUUAGUAUAAUGGCUAGUCUAACAAGAGUACUCAAGCGUAUGUUGGUGCUCUUAGUAUUUGGUUCCUUGAGUUGUGUGCUUAUUUUCAGAAAGUUUGUCAUCAAACAACAACACUUGGAUGAAGCUGCAGUUGAUAAUAUCUCGAAAGCGCUAAGUCUUCACAUCCACCCGAGAUCAAAAGAGAAGUUAGACACUAGUGACACUACUUACUCACCAGUGGCCACCAGUGAGCAGGGCGCCCUAGCUGUACAUGAAGUAACAGUGGAUACAAACUCACAUCAAAUCAUCUCUAAGUUUCAAGACAUUGAAAGCAUCACUAACUUCAGACAAGGCCACAGUUUCAAAUUUGACAGUUCAUUUAAUUUCCCAUGGCAAAACAGCGAGUCUGUGAGCUCUAUUCUGAUUCAGCCUUGGUUCCAAGAACUGAAAACUAUUCUAUCUGAUUCAAUUCCACGCUCUCCCAUCGUCCUUGUUGCCACUGACAAUAAAUUUAAAACACCUCUCCUUAACUGGUUGCUUUCAGCCACUGUACGGCAAGAGCAACCUGUUGAUAACAUUUUAGUGUUGACGUACAGUACAUCUUUUUGUGAUUUCGUCCAUUCUAAGAAAGUUUCCAGCAAGUGUUUGGCUAUACCUCCGGAAACUCUCACAGCUAAAGGAAUGUAUGAGCAUAAAAAAAACACUGGAUUCUAUCAGUUACUAGUAAUCCGAGUUUUUGUAAUGCGUCUACUCAACUACUGGGGUUAUGAUGUCGCCAAUUUUGACAGUGAUGCAAUUUUGCUCAAGAACCCAAUACCAUUGUUUCACAGUGAGGAUUAUGCAACUAGUGAUGUAAUUGGUACCUUUGGAGGAAGUUUGCCUGGAGCACUUCAUAACAAGUGGGGUGUGGUUGUCUGUAUGGGCGCCAUUUUCUUGAGGAGUACGAAACAAACUGAACAAUUGUGGAAAUCGUUCGAAAAAGUGGAAAAACGAGACGACCAAAUGAAGCUCAAUUAUGGACUUGAUAAGAUGAACGUAAAAUGGAAAACUAAAAACCUCAAUCCUGAUGAUUCAAAUGACACACAAAGCAUUCAAUGGGAAGGGAAAACGACUAGUGGAUUGACGAUAACUUUACUGCCACAAAGAUUGGCAUGUAGAGGAGUAGGAUGUCGUCCCAAUGUAAGAGACAGCUGUUAUAUUUGGCAUCACGGGAAAAUUGCACAUGAUCCGAAGAGAAUGAUGCAAGCAUCAGCAAAAGACAAUGUGUGGUUCUAUAAGAACUCUCCCAACUAAUAUAAUACCUGAUCUAUACUAAGUCUAAAGGCUGUAUACUGCAUGUAUAUUAUAAUAAUUAUCUUGCCACAUUGACAAUGGCCAUGGGU